AUGUCUCGUGCUCUUCUCAUCACUGGCGCCACUGGCAAGCAGGGCAGCUCUGUCAUCAAUGCUCUUAUCGCAAAGAAAGCAGACUUCCUUCUCCUCGCUGCCACCCGCAACAAGGAAUCACCUUCCGCAAAGAAGCUAGCUUCCAAGUCUACAAACAUCAGGCUGAUUGAGGGUGACCUCGACUCCAUCCCCGCUCUCUUCAGUGCCGCUAAGCAAGCUGCCGGAACUGUGCCUCUCUGGGGCGUCUACUCAGUCCAAUUAUCCAUGGGCAAGGGUGUUACCCUUGAGGGUGAAGUCCGACAAGGAAAGGGUCUCAUCGAUGAAUCUAUCAAGGCUGGCAUCAAGCACUUUGUCUACUCCAGCGUUGACCGUGGCGGCGACGAGAAGUCUUGGAACGACGCCACUGUUGUCCCUCACUUCAAGACCAAGCACGAGAUUGAGCAUUAUCUUCGCGACUCAACUGCCAACGGAAAGAGCUCAAUGAACUGGACCAUCUUGCGCCCAACAGCAUUCAUGGAGAACCUAGAGCCCGGUUUCGUCACAAAGGUCUUCCUGACUAUGAUUCGCGACACUCUCAAGAACAAGCCUCUUCAGUGGACGGCAACAGAAGAUAUCGGCUUCUUCGCUGCUGAAGCUUUCACAGACCCACAAGCCUGGGGCAAGCAAGCUAUCAGCCUAGCUGGAGAUGAGCUCACAUUCGAGCAACUCAGCGAAGCUUUUGAGCACGCCACUGGUGGACCCGCUGGUACGACAUUCGGUUUGCUCGGAAAGGCUCUGAAGCAUGGCGUUGCCGAGCUUGGAAUCAUGGUUAAUUGGUUUAGAGAUGAAGGUUACGGUGCUGAUUUGGCCAAGGUUCGACAGCUGAACCCUGGGGCGAAGACCAUGGAACAGUGGGUUAAGACAAGUGCUUUUGUUAGCCAUUAA